CAGUUCACCGACAGCACCUCACCUUUUGGGAAGACUGUUUGGACGGCACUUCUUCAUGUACAACAGAGCGCGGCAGGAGCCAUGGAUCACUGCUGUGGUCGCCUCUGGCGUGCUGGGGCUUGCGCUCUAUUACCUGGGAGCACGACGCCCGCCGCCUGCACAUACUGCCAGACAGCAACCUGAGCGCGAAAAGCCCAGCGAAACCUCGACGACAGAUUUUGUAGCAGACGACAUGAGCACCGAAGACCGGGCGUAUCACGAGCGCUUCAUGCGGGAAGCCAUUGGCAUGGCUGAGCUUGCACUGACCAGCGACGAAACGCCUGUCGGAUGUGUCUUCGUGAAGGAUGGCGAGAUCAUUGGUCGAGGCAUGAACGAGACCAACCGCACUCUCAAUGGCACCAGGCACGCCGAGUUCGUCGCCAUUGCAGGCAUCCUGUCCAAGAACCCCAUCAGCAUUCUCAACGAGACUGACCUCUAUGUCACCGUCGAGCCAUGUGUCAUGUGCGCCUCGAUGCUGCGCCAGUACGGCAUCCGAGCCGUCUACUUCGGGUGCUGGAAUGAGCGCUUCGGCGGCACUGGCGGCGUCCUGAAUAUGCACUCAGACCCCAGCGUCGACAAGCCGUAUCCGGUAACCGGAGGCAUCUUCAGGGAGGAGGCCAUCAUGCUGCUCAGAAAGUUUUACGUCCAGGAGAACGAGAAAGCGCCAGAGCCAAAGCAGAAGAAGACCAGGGAGCUCAAGACUGAGAUUCUACCCAUGGAUAUUCACGCCCCAAAGUCAACGCCAUCACCUGCUGUGUCAACGCCUGCUCUGCUUACAACAGCUCCGUCGAAGCCGGCUAAUCCUUCCUCGCUUGUUGCGGUUCCUCGCAUCCCAGGACUUAAUGCUGCUGCACCUGCACUUUGAAUGGGCACAUGACGGCGCUGCCUACAAGCUCGUCAUGCAGCUAUGAUGGAUACAAAGGUGUAUCAGCGGCAGAACUUGUCACAUGCUGACUUGGAUGGCGGCAUGUGAAGUACGAGAACACAGGAAGAGUAUAACGAUACCCAGCAUUCAACAGCUACCAUAGAAAAUUU